AUGCGCGCCAACACGACGCAGAAGGCCUACGACGAGGCUUUCCUUGCCUGCUCGACUGCAGUAUACUUUGAGGGCCAGAACAACGAGAAAGAGGCGUUACGAUCGUGGAAAACCGCUCUUGACCACAUCUAUUACCAUAAUGCUCGUCGCAACCCCUCCACGUACCGUCCCGCGUCCGAAACAGAGAGGGCACUGAUCGAAUCGCUGCGUCAGUUGGAGCUGCAAUGCAAAGAGCGUGUGGAUCUGCUGGAAGCCCUAAAGAAAAGUAGACAGGAGUCGAAAGAGAGCCUUGCCUCGCAGUCGUCAGAUAACGAUGCCCCAACACCACCUCCACACGGCGUGCCCCUUUCGCAGAACGAUACAAGCGCAUCUUCUUCAUGGCUCGGAGGCGGAUCUAUACCACCCAUAGAAUAUACAGAUCUUUCGCGACCGCCGCCAUUGCCAUACCGUCCUGCCAUGGCGCCGCGAAAGAGCUCUGGUACUGGGUCUAUACGAGACAACAGCUUGACGCAGACUCGGAGCACAUCAACCCUAUCUCCAGCGAUGGCGGGAGAGAAAAAGACGCGAACACCAUCCCCAGAGAAGAGUGGCAGAAUGCUACGGACAUUGAGACCUGGAAGGGAGAGCAAACCGUCUUCGGCGAAGUUGCCCAACUCGUUGAGAAGUCGCCCGGAUGCUUCAAGGGCGGCGACCCAAGCGUGGAACGUCAAAACUACAGCGACCUCCAGUCGACCAGCGUUGGGGACUCCAAAUCCAUCGAUCAAUUCGCUUACACCCUCAGCUCGCUCGUCCAUUGAAAAGCCGGCUGUUGAAAGGUUGGGUGCGUAUUGUUCCAAACCAGAAGUACAGCAAUUGCCCACACAAGCGCCGUUUUAUUUCAGGGCGGGCGAAGGUUCAGCAUCAACUGCGUAUGCGGUACCACCAUCCGGCGGCGAAACCGAUCCGGAGCCUGUCAAAUCUCCCGCACCCGAGCGAACAGCGCCAACAAUACCUCGCAAAUCAGUCGGUUUAACUCAAGUGCUCAAUGCGCAAGGGGCCAGCACGGCUCUACCCUCAUAUCGGAAGGAAUAUCCAAAGCCCACACUAGACCCUCGGGCCCUCGCUGCUUCUGCAGCAGCGCAUUCGUAUGGUGACACUGGUGGUGAACGAGGUGGAGUCAUUUGGGAUCCUACAACACGGAGGCUAGUACCGAAACCCACAAGUGGUAAUACUAAAGCGCGAAACAGUUCGGAGCAAGAAGACUUGCCUGAGUCUAUACCGCUAGAAGAGGAUGGAGAGUUGGUCAAGCAAAGGCCAUCGCCAGUGCGGAAGGGUAGGGCUAGAGGAAACUCGAUGCGUGCAGAACUACCAGAUACCCCAAGUACGGAUAGUACUGAAGCAGAACAAGAACCGGAAGAGACGGAUGAAUGGAAGCGCCGGACGGAUGAGAUCAUGAAGAAUCUACCACGAGGUGUGGAUAAGCAAGCAGCACAGCAAAUUUUGAAUGAGAUUGUGAUACAGGGAGAUGAGGUACAUUGGGACGACGUAUCUGGACUCGAAGUCGCGAAAUCAGCAUUGAAAGAGACGGUGGUUUACCCGUUCUUGAGACCUGACUUGUUCAUGGGUCUGCGAGAACCUGCACGCGGUAUGCUGUUAUUUGGACCUCCAGGUACCGGAAAGACGAUGUUGGCGAGGGCCGUGGCUACGGAGUCGAAGUCCACCUUUUUCGCGAUUUCUGCAAGCAGUCUGACGUCGAAGUUUCUGGGCGAGUCCGAAAAGCUUGUUCGUGCGCUGUUCCAGCUCGCGAAGAUGCUUGCACCAUCAAUUAUCUUUGUCGACGAGAUCGAUUCGCUCCUUUCGUCACGCUCAGGAUCUGGUGAACACGAAGCGUCGAGACGCAUCAAAACCGAGUUUCUUAUUCAGUGGUCUGACCUGCAAAAGGCAGCUGCUGGAAGCGCAGUCACUGACAAAGACAAAGAGAGAGGCGAUGCCACUAGGGUACUGGUACUUGCAGCAACGAACCUUCCGUGGGCGAUUGACGAAGCAGCGAGACGACGAUUUGUAAGAAGGCAGUAUAUCCCAUUACCGGAAGAUUGGGUCCGGAAGCAGCAGGUGAAGACGUUGUUGAGCCAUCAAAAACAUGAGUUGAGCGACCACGAUCUGGAUUGUCUGGUCAAGCUCACUGAAGGCUUUUCUGGUUCCGAUAUCACUGCGCUUGCGAAAGACGCCGCCAUGGGACCAUUACGCUCACUGGGCGAGAAAUUGCUUUCCAUGACAAUGGAUCAAAUACGGCCGAUACAAUUUCAAGACUUCAUAGCGAGCUUGCAGACUAUCAGGCCCUCUGUAAGCAAGCAAGGACUAAAGGAGUUUGAGGAUUGGGCUACACAAUUUGGUGAACGUGGAGGUUGA